AUGCUAAUAACAAACCUGUUGAACAACAACUCUGUCAGCACCCUGCCUGCGGAGCUGCUCUCUCUACAACACGUGACUGAGCUGAAUGUGGGAAAUAAUGCCUUGAAUGAGGUUCCUGCUGUUUUGGGCCAUCUGGAAUCAUUGAAGAAACUGUAUCUGUUCAGCAACCAAAUUAUAGCCGUGCCACCUGAUGCGAUAGAUGGUUUACGAAACCUUGUUGUGCUCAAUCUGAACCACAACCAGAUUCAAAGACUUCCACCAGAGAUUAAAAGCUGCAUGAGUGAUGCUGAUGCUGGAGAAUACAGUGUGAUGAAUCAGAUCUCGCCUAACGUCUGCUGUCAGCUGUACCAGUGUAAAGACCUAACCAAGCUGCAUGUAGCCAGAAACAAGCUGACCAGCCCACCAGAGGGAAUUGGGGCAUUGGCAAAACUCCAAGUCCUGGAGGUGGCUGGAAACAAGUUGUCCAUGUUCCCUGUUGAGGUACAGUACCGGUCCUCUCUGUUCCACAUGAUGCUUCGCCACUACCCAACCCUGACUGCCCUGUUGGCCAAUGGCAGCUGUUGUGCGCUCUGUCUGGACCCCUUUCUCCCCACCUGGCUGGAGUGUGUGCAUUUUAUCAGCCUGAAGAAGGUUGGUUGA